UGUGUGUUCACCAGGCCGAACCCGUCUGCGUUCAGGGUCAAGUUUUCUCUCUGGAGGAAGACUCGCGCUCAGAACACGACGGACAUCAUUCCUGUUCAUGAGAUCCACAUCCACCCAAAGUACAACGCCCACACCUACGAGAACGACAUCGCUCUGGUGGAGCUGAAGAAGCUCCCGUUUGAGGAGAAGUGUAUGGAGGAGAACCCGGCCGUCAGCGCCGUCUGCGUCCCCUGGUCCACCCACCUCUUCCAGCCCAACCACACCUGCAGCAUCUCGGGGUGGGGCCGCACCAAAGGUACGAGCCUCGCCAACCGGCGCUUUAGUGACGCCA